UAGUCUCUAUUGUUGCUGGUGUUCGUUCUUACCAACGACGAGGGAUGUCUCUCGUUUUUUUUUUCCCAAUCGCCACCCGGUUUGUUGUCUUCGUGGCCUGGAGGCGAUGCUUUGAGCAACCGCUAGCCGGAUUACAAUGAUUGUGGACUAAAUGAAGUGGAUAAAAGGCGAUCGGAUUGAGGAGGGCGAACAGCUGCCAUGCGCCAUGAAUUUGUCUGAGAUCUAUGACAACGCCAAAAAGGGUCGCGAGUAUGCUUUGCUGGGCAACUACGACUCAUCCAGCGUGUACUACCAGGGUGUGCUACAGCAGAUCAACAAGCACUGCCAGGCACUCAAGGACCCGGCGCUUAAAGUCCGGUGGCAGCAGGUGAAGCAGGAGCUGGCCGAGGAGUGGGAGCAGAUUAAGAGUAUCGUGGCCGUGCUGGACGCCUUCAAGACCGAGAGGCCAGUGACCGUACCUGUCCCUCAAUCGGGGGGCGGCGCCGCUGACCCAGCAGCGUGGCCGCCCCCCAUGCCUGCGGAACACAGGAAUCCUGUGGCAAUGAAGCGUCCAAGCAGCGGAGUGAAGCAGCAGAAGAAAGACUCGCCUGGUCCGCAUCAUCGAGGCGAAGGACAAGAAGGUCGCGGGCAGGCCAAAACCAAAGCAGAACGGCCGGGAGCCAGAGACGCCCGCAACAUGAAAUCUAACGAUGAGGGAAAGAAAGGUGAGAAAGAGCAGAAAAAGUUUGAUAGCGCAGGACAUGACAGUGACCUGGUCGAGUCACUCGAGCGAGACAUUGUGUCGCGCAACCUGAAUGUACACUGGAAUGACAUUGCCGAUCUGGAGGACGCUAAGAAGCUGCUAAGAGAAGCUGUCGUGCUGCCCAUGUGGAUGCCUGACUUCUUCAAGGGCAUUCGACGGCCCUGGAAGGGCGUGCUAAUGGUCGGCCCACCGGGUACAGGCAAGACCAUGUUAGCCAAAGCUGUGGCGACAGAAUGCGGGAUGACUUUCUUCAACAUGUCCUCUUCCACUCUGACUUCCAAAUACAGAGGCGAGUCGGAGAAACUCAUCCGUCUGCUCUUUGAAAUGGCCCGCUUCUACGCGCCGACGACCAUCUUCAUAGAUGAGAUCGACUCCAUCUGUAGCAGAAGAGGAACGUCCAAUGAACACGAAGCCAGUCGCAGAGUCAAAUCUGAGCUUCUGAUUCAAAUGGACGGGGUGGGUGGUACCCAGGACAAUGACGACCCUUCAAAGAUGGUCAUGGUCCUCGCUGCAACCAACUUCCCAUGGGACAUUGAUGAGGCGUUGCGCCGACGUCUGGAGAAGCGGAUCUACAUCCCUUUGCCAACAGCUGUGGGUCGGGUGGAGCUUCUUAAGAUCAACCUGCGGGAAGUGGAUUUGGCCGCCGACGUGGACCUGGACCUUAUCGCUGAAAAAACUGAGGGCUACUCUGGAGCCGACAUCACCAACGUCUGCAGGGAUGCUUCCAUGAUGGCUAUGCGGCGGCGAAUCCAAGGUCUGAGCCCCGAGGAGAUCCGAGCCCUUUCCAAAGAAGAGCUCCAGAUGCCCGUGAUGAUGGAGGACUUCACGCUCACACUCAAGAAGAUCUCCAAGUCUGUCUCAGCUUCAGACCUGGAAAGAUACAAAGCCUGGAUGUCUGAGUUUGGUUCAGGGUGAAGCGCUUUUUACAAAGGGGUGAUCAUUGGACAAAAGUUGACUGACCUCUAAUCUUAAUGUCAAAUAUGCCUGAUGAAUAUGCAACAGUGGUUGAGGCACAAUCCAUUCACGUCAUACUUUUUUUAAAAAUGAUGAGAGCGACAAAUGUAUUGAAAAAGACUCAACCGCUUCCGUUACCAACUUCAAAUGGGCAUUUGACUUUGGGGACAAUUAACUGUAACAAUGGAUUCAUGCCUUUAAAUAAAAUAUCUGCCUAACGCAGACAAACUUUUACACAUUUCCCAUGUCUGUAACUGAAUGGGGGUGCAAAUUUGGCCAGGCAACGUUCCUCCUUUCGAGGUUUGAGCCAAGUUGUAACAAUGGCCUGUGUCAGGGAAGACAGAACCAGGGUCUGACAGUUUAAAGUACAGAUUCUACUGUGUUGUCUGAACUUUUAAUUUGUUGUUGAGGUGUGCUGAAAUCCAAUAAAUGAACUGAUGCCAUU